GAGGGGAUGCUGAGCAGCAGCUGAAGGCAGCGACAGACGGAGACGACUCCACAGUUCGACUGGCUGCUCCUCUGAGCUCGGCAUAAUGCGAAGUUUGUUCUCAGUGACGCUGCUGCUGCUCCUGGCCCUGACGCUCACCACAGAGGCCAACAAAAGGGUCAAAGGUCACAAAGCAGCUGGUAAACAUGAAAAGCGACCGGCCUCAGAGUGCUCCGCUGAUGACACUCGGUACGGGAAGUGCAUCCCGAACGACGGAGACUGCGGCGAGGGCGAGAGGGAGUCCACCUGCAAGGAUCGCACCGAGCAGAUUCCCUGCAAGAUCCCCUGCAACUGGAAGAAAGCCAUCAGCGACUGCAAGUACAAGUUCGGGCCGUGGGGAUCCUGCGACGCCGUCUCUAACACUAAGAGCCGAUCAGGAACGCUGAAGAGAGCGCUGUUCAAUGCCAACUGCGACAACACCGUCAAGGUGUCCAAACCCUGUUCCCCAAAAGUCAAGAAGACCAGAGGGGACAAGAAGUCAAACUAAAGGAUGAAAUGAGAAGCAGAAGACGGCAGGAUUCAUUUCUCUUCCUCCAGCUGAACAAUCGUCUUCCCUCCUUCGUCCAACACAAACCAACCGAGAGACUCCUCCAAAACACAACUACCACCUUCCAUUGUUCCUUUGACUUUUAUUACUCUUAUUGAUGUUCUUGUGUUUAUUUGGAUUAUUUUCCAGAAUCUUCCCUUUAGAUAAUAACCAAUAAUUCUGUCCUGAUAGCUGAUAGUUGGUUUUAACAGAUAGUCCUAAAAGCUUUUACAGUAGCUGAAGUUACAUUAACAUCCAACAGACAUUCAGGAAACCGUCCUCGAUGCUCCGCUGGAUUAUAAAGACUUCUGUUCUGAUCCUCUAUAAAAUCUAUUUUUUGAACUAUAGAUUAUUGACGUUGCAAGAUGAGACUUGUAUAAAUGAACAAAUAAAUACUGUACAUUGUU